AUGGAGUCCGAAGUAAUAAAGGAAAAGAUUCAUACAGAGCCUAUGUUGAAUGAUCCUCGGUAUAUAACCUUACUAAGUGUAAUAGUCCUACUUUUUACCCUUGUGUUUUGGUGGUUCUUCUCAAGGAGGCGACAAGUUCGUAAAUCUGUUUUGUUAAUGGGCCUCUCAGACUCUGGUAAAACACUGUUGUUUGUGAGACUUGCAUACUCUCAGUACAGACAGACGUUCACAUCUAUGAAAGAGAAUGUUGAAGAAUAUCUUACUUCCAAUGAUGCCUUGAAAAUUGUGGACUUGCCUGGCCAGGAGAGGUUGAGAAACAAAUUCUUUGAGCAGUACAAGAACAGUGCCAAGUCUAUUGUCUAUGUUGUGGAUUCUGUCACCAUUCAGAAGGAGAUCCGAGAUGUUGCUGAGUACUUAUACACAAUUCUGUCGGACCCAGUGGUGCAGAGCUACAGCACUCCAGUUCUGAUUCUGUGCAACAAACAGGACCAACCCUUGGCUAAGGGUGCUCAAGUUAUCAAGAGUCUGCUAGAGAAGGAAAUAAACCUAGUGCGUGUCACAAAAUCCAGCCAACUGCAAUCUGUGGAUCCUUCCCAAGGCAACAACUCGACAUACCUCGGCAAAAUUGGCAAGGACUUUGAGUUCUCACAUCUUAGUAACCGAGUGGAGAUUGCCGAGAGCUCAGCUAACACUGGUGAUGACGACACACCGGCCGACAUCAAGAGUCUGCAAGAUUGGAUCUCCAAACUUUAG